AUGGAUCAGAUUCUGCUGGUUUUUUUCAUUCUUUUCUGCUUUUUAUUUUCAAACAUCACUGCUCAACAAAGUUACUCAGGCAACUCAGUUCUGGACUGUGAUAACACUGAUGAAACAGGUCCAUCUCCAGCUUUUCUUUACACUUGUAAUGGUAAAAAUCAAUCCUGUGGAGCCUUUCUCAUCUUCAAAUCUCAACCUCCUUAUGAUACAGUCUCCACCAUAUCAAAACUCACAUCUUCAGACCCAUCUGAACUUGGUCGCAUCAACGAUAUCUCAACUUUUACUGAAGUCUUACCUACAGAUAAAGAGGUGAUUGUUCCUGUAAAUUGUUCCUGUUCAGGUCAGUAUUAUCAGGCCAACACCUCUUUCAUUAUUCCUACCAUAUAUGACACUUAUUUCACCAUCGCCAAUAACACAUACCAGGGUCUGUCAACUUGUAACAUUCUUAUGCGUGAGAACAAUUAUAGUGCAACCAAAUUACAUCCUGGUUUGAUUUUACAAGUACCACUUAGAUGUGCUUGUCCCACAAAUAAUCAAACUGUAAAUGGCACCAAAUUUCUUUUUACAUAUUUGGUUAGCUGGGGUGAUAAUGUUCCUGAUAUUAGCAAGAGAUUUAAUGUUAGUAAAGAAAGUAUAGUUUAUGCCAAUGGGUUUACUGAAGAUGAUCCACCUAUAUAUCCCUUUACAACAAUUCUUAUUCCACUGCCAACUGAACCUUUAAGCUCCCAAACCAUAAUUCACCACUCUCCACCAUCCAAUUCUCCUCCAUUUGUACCAAAUGAUAACCACAACAAGAAGAGGUCAAGGAAAGGGAUUUAUCUUUGGACUGGAAUAGGAAUUUCUCUGCUAGUCCUCUGCUUUGUUCUGUCUAUAGUCUUAUUCCAUUUCAAAAAGAAGAAAGACAAGGCUUCACAAAUCCAUGGAGGGGGAAAAAAGAAACAGGAUUUACCAGAGGGUUUCCUAGUUGAUAUUGCUACAGUCGAUCAAGGAUUGAAAUUCUUCAGACAUGAAGAAUUGAAUAAGGCUACCGAAAAUUUCAGCACCGAAAAUAAGAUAAACGGUUCAGUUUAUCGCGGGGUACUAGAAGGAAAAACAGUAGCAAUAAAACAAAUGAACAAAAAUGUAUCCAAGGAGGUGAAUCUGCUGAAAAAGAUCAACCACUUCAAUCUGAUCAGCCUCUGUGGAGCAUGUGAGCAUCAAGGGAGUUUUUACCUUGUUUAUGAAUUCAUGGAGAACGGUUCUCUAAGGGAUUGGCUCCAAAAUAAGAGGUAUCCGGAAUUUGAGAGUUGGUAUUACAGGUUUCAGAUUGCUUUGGAUGUUGCUUAUGGACUUCAUUAUCUUCAUAACUGCACUCAUCCUGGAUAUGUGCACAAGGACAUAAGCAGUAGCAAUGUUUUGCUUGACAAAGAUUUAAGGGCUAAGAUUGCAAAUUUCAGUCUCGCGCGUUCAGCUGUGAGGGAAGAAAGUGGGUAUUCAUCUGUAAGGAGUUCUUUCGGAACGAAAGGUUACAUGGCACCUGAAUAUAUGGAAUAUGGCUUGGUGACAUAUGAGAUGGAUACAUAUGCCUUCGGAGUUAUUGUUCUGGAAUUGCUUUCAGGAAAAGAAGCAGUUUAUUUGCAGAAUGGAAAAGAAGUGCUACUAGCUGAAGCAGCUUCUUCUAUUAUGGAAGGAAGAAAUGCAGAAGCUAAUCUUCGUUGCCUGAUAGAUCCUAAUCUCCAAGCGGAAAACAAGAUGCAACAUGCUCAGCGUAUGAUAAAGUUAAGUCUAGCCUGCACGGCUGAAGAACCAUAAAGCAGACCAAGCAUGGCUGAAGUGGUUUCGUCCUUGAUGAGGAUUCAAUUGGAUAUGCAAAGAUCAGAACCUUUAUUUUUGG